AUGGAAUUAACAUUGGUCGGAUUACAAGGAUCUGGUAAAACAACUUUGGUUAACGUUUUCUCUAAUGGAUCAUUUACAACUGAUAUGAUUCCAACGAUUGGAUUUAAUAUGAAAAAGGUUACAAAGGGAAAUGUUACUAUUAAACUAUGGGAUAUUGGAGGUCAACCUAGAUUCAGAGGCAUGUGGGAGAGAUAUUGUAGAGGUGUCAAUGCCAUUCUCUAUGUUGUCGAUGCUGCCGAUCCAGAGAAAUUCGAACAAUCCAAACAAGCACUUCACGAUCUCAUCAACAAACCACCUCUUUCUAAAAUCCCUCUCUUGGUCGUUGGCAACAAGAAUGAUCUUGAAUCGGCUGCUACCGUCGAGGAAAUUGCUCAAUUCCUCGAUUUGGCUUCAAUCAAUGAUAGAGAAGUUUGUUGUUACUCCAUCUCUGCAAAGAAUAGUGUCAAUAUUGAUAAAACUUUAGAUUGGCUCAUUAAACAUAGUUCCACUGUAAAGAAUUAA